AUGGACGCAGAUUAUUGCAGAAAGAUAAAAAAUGAAAGCACAUCAGGCCAGCACGACAUCCUCAAUGCCGUCCAGGAUGAAUACUUCAACCGCUAUUUGGAUCAGUUGGGCAUUGCGCCCACGGCUGCGAACAAGGCCCAAAUGUUGAAGUUUCGCCCUAUGGAUGACUGCGAAGUACAUUCGAUGUGGGCCGAUGACACCAGCUCGGGUCUCGCGUCAGCGCUUCGAAUAGCUCCUCCAUUGCGCCAUCGUGUGGGGUAUGAAGAUGGUGAUGACGAACCUCUAGACAGAGCCAUCAUCGCCCACCUCUACGGCGAAGCGGAUGACAUCCCUGUGGAGCCUCCGAAUGUACCGGGGCGCACAAUCUUCCCGGUGGAUCUGUCGAAGAUGUUCGAAGAGGAGAAGAG